UAUAUAAAAGUAAUGCAUUCCCGAUUUAAGAUUUAAAAGUUAUCCAUCCUUAAUUGAAUAUUUUUCGUAAUUGAGAAAACAAUGAAUGGAUAAGUUGCCGAUGACAGAUACCACCAGCAGAGACAUUUUAUUUUACAGUGGCUAUCGAUAAAAUAAGUUAUUUAAAUACUUAAUCGAAAUAUAAAAUAAAUUGAGAAACAAACAACUUUACUGGCUGCUUGCUUAACAUUUCAAUUGAAAAAAUGAUAUCUAGAGGAUUUUACACAAUAAGAGGAACUUUGUUUGUACUAAUUUGUACAGGUUUAUUGAAACCAUCGGCAUCUUACACUGUGAGCGACGCAAAUAAAAUUCACAAGUUAUUAUUUAAUCAGACUGAUGAAGGUUAUAAUAAACUUGUAUUACCUGACAAACCAGUAAAUGUCAGUGCAGAGUACAACCUGUUAGCUCUCAAUUCUUUGAAUGUAAAGGAACAGAUAUUGGAGACAACUGGAUGGUUUACCGUGGUAUGGAAUGAUAGUCGAUUAACAUGGACUAAAUCAUCCUACGGAGAUAUUGACUAUAUAUAUGUACCUGAGGACAUAGUAUGGCACCCUAAAUUGAUUGUGCAGAAUUCUAUUUUGGAAUUACGGAAAAAUCUUGGUGCCGACCAGACAGUUAGAAUACAACAUAACGGGGAGUUAAGAUGGGAACCACCAGCUGUUUUGUCUACGUCAUGUGACAUGGAUGUCACAUACUUCCCAUAUGACAGUCAAACCUGUGAAAUAGAACUAGCUAUCUGGGGUUUCCCUACUGAUGUUGUCAACUUAGAAUUCUUCAAAACUCAUAUAAAUUUAGAGGACUACAGACCAGAUGAAGAGUGGAACCUUGUAGCAACCUCCCAGGAAACAUCUAAUCUUACUGAAGACGAACUGGUGUUUUCCGAACUUUUGUUUCGAAUGGAUUUUGAAAGAUUGUAUGGUCAUUACCUGAUGAGUGUAAUAUUUCCGACAAUCCUUACUGCUAUAUUAACAUUCGUUACAUUUUUUCUGCCGCUUGAAUCUGGAGAUAAGAUCGGAUAUAUUUUGACAGUGUUACUUGCUUUGGCGGUUUUAUUGACGUUAUUUUCAGACACUAUGCCUACGACAUCAAAACAUACUUCAGUUCUAGUGGUAUUUCUUACAGUAACAUUGGGAAUGGCCUGUCUAGUGAUUAUCUUUACGAUAUUUAUCAUACGGCUUUUCCAUCAACCAGAACACGACAAGGCUCCAAAGUGGAUGCAUUCCUUGGCAAGAAAAUUCAUGAAGUUAAAGUGCAAAGCCGGAAGGAUAAAUCAUCUUGAUCAUCUUAAUCAAAGUCAGAUUACUGAAAAUGAUCAACCAAAAGACGGAAGAGUAUGCUUGGAGAGUACAAAGCAAUUUACACCUUACACCAACAAAGAGCUAGCAGAAUUCUUCGAUUAUUUCCUGUUUGGUGUUUUCACAGUUUUAUAUAUUUUGGUUCUUUUAUGUUUCCCAUUAGUUCUUAGCACGUCAACAUGAAUGAUGCAAACAGGAUAUUGAAUAUAAACUACAUGUGUGUUUCGAUUACAUUAUGAUAUAAUAUCAUUUCGAAAUGCUGUCAUAUAAUUAAUCUGCACGACUAAAGACACCAGUGUCUGUUUGUUUUGUUCACACAUUGUUGUCAAUAUAUUAGAAUUUGAUGCCACUGUCUUACAAAUGAGAGGUUUAACUAGCUAUGAAACCAUGUUUAAUCCACCAUUUUCCACAUAAGGAAAUGCCUGUACAAAGUCAGGAAUAUGAUAGUUCUUUUCCAUUUGAUUGAAGUGUUUGAACUUUUAAUUUUGCCAUAUGAUAAGGAACUUUAGGAUUUGAAUUUUCCUUGGAGUUUUUAAUUGGUUAUUUUACUUUUUAUUCCGAAAUCAAAAAUAACAAACAGCCGUAGACAACCGCCGAAUUUGAAAUGGCUGCUUUUCAAAACUAGAUUCAAAAUCUAAAGGAGAUAAUGCGCAAUUACAAUGAUUAGGAGAUCGUCGAUGUGGGACAUGCUGGUGACAUUUAAAUUUCAAAUUUCGAGAUAAUUUUAAAUAAAUUCCCAAAUGAACUUUAAAACCCGCAUUCAGUUAUAUUGCUCAACAUUCCAACGUGCAAUAAAAAUUGUAUAGGACAGCUGAUGCUCUCAUUGAAAGGGUAAGAGUGUAUAAACAGCAUAUUUGGUUUUUUUUUCAGUCAGAAAUCUUCCUGCAGCGAACAUAAUGACUGAUACGGAAUGAGAAAUGUCCGUUUAUUCCCAUUAUUUAAAGUCUUGAUUGAAAAUAUAUCCACCCGAAGAGCCAAAAAGGAAUACUUUAUUCGGAAAUCUAAGCCAAAGCUUAACUGGAAACAGUUUAAAUGUUCCUUAUGCGACGUCACAAACCAAAAUUGUAAUUACGUAGUAACGUUCAUAAACUGUCCAGAGAGCCGAUGCGACGACUGAAAGCGCUAAAAUGUUUACUUUGUAUAUUUUCUUUCUUAUUUUUUAAACAUAAAUUGUGAAUGGUUUAAAACGUUUUGUGCAUCGUUGUUUAACCUGCCUACGUAAACUAAUGACACAGUACGACGGUGCUAUUGUCAAUGUUACCUUCAUGACCGUAGGGGUUUUCGUCAACAAUUUGCACUAAAAAUAUCAUUAUAUGUAAUAGUUUAUUUAUUAACCAUUUAUGUGCUCUCCUUGUACAAACUCCCCUUUUUUAAUAAACUUUGGAGUUCGAGUAAGUGUUUCCCUUUUUUUUUCACUUUAAUCAAAAUUUGCGCGAAGUGUUUUUAAAGUAGUUUUUUGUCCGCUUUCAAUUCUUUUUGUCGUGGUGUAAUCCAUUCUUAAUCAAAUUAUCAUUUUUUCCAUCUCUAUUAUUGUUUUAUAAUUGUAAUUGUAAUGGCCCGUUAAUAUUUAAAGAAAGUCAGCAAGAUAAAUAUCCACAUGCAUCUGACAUUUGUCUUAAGUUUUAAAAAAACCUUUUUUAUUCUAUUUACUGAUUUGUAAAAAAACAUCCACGGGUAAACAUAAUUAGAAAAGCUAUAGUUUACGAAUCCUUGUAACUCUAAAAUAAAUAUUAAUUUUAUAUAACUUAUAUCAGAUAACUUAUUAAUCGUAAUUUCAUUUAUAAAAAGUGAAACUCUAUAUGAAAAGCAGUUUUUUUUUAGAUUGGCGCUUGCAUUGUUUAGAUGCUUAAACUUUUCAUUGACACCCAUCCAACAUCUUCUUUUGUUCAUAUUAAACAUAGAAAAAAGUAUUGUAUUUAUAUUUGAAAAACCUUGUUCGCUAAAAUCUUCAUGUACCAAAAAAAGAGAAACAUAAUCAAAAGUAAAAAGAAUGAUAAUAGUAUUGGGAUAAAAAAAAAAAGUGCGAUUUGAUAUUAAGACAAAAAAAUAAUGUUAAUAAAAUGCCUACCUUCUUUUUGUUCCAACAUAACGUUUUGUGUCGUCUUAUUUAUGUCCUUUUCGAUUUAUGCCUCGUGAGAUGAAACGACAGGUUGAAUCUGUCUUGAUCUUGCGUGCGCAGGAACGUAGAUUGUAAAAGUUCCAUGGCAUUUUCUCUUUUGCCUGUGGGACGCACUGAAAUUUUCCAUAUUAGAUGAUAUGGCAUCUAAAACAUUUUAAAUUUACUUUACAACUGAAUAUACUCAGUUUCAAGUUUUUCCUGGAAAGACUCGUUAAACCGUUCUUGGUCUAACAUUAGAGAAUAUUGCAUAACUUCCAGGGCAUUUUCUCUUUUCUUGUAGGAUUUGCUGAAUUCGUCCAUUUUAGUUGAUACUGAAUCUUAAACAUUUUUGACUUGUCUUUCCGACUGAAUAUACAUAUUUUGGAACGACACGUUAAAUCGUUACUGAUAUUGCAUUUCAGAAGUUUGCCAAAGUUCAAGGGCACUUUCCCUUUAAUUCUCGAAUUCACCAAUUUUAUAUUCAUAGAUACUUUUUAUUCUAACUUUCGAUUUGAGAUAUAUAUUUUCAACAGUUCCUGGAAAGAAUCAUUUAAUCGUUUAUACUCCUGGUGUAUGAUGUUCUGCGUUGAUUCUAAAAAUGUUUCAGUCUGUUUUUUGGCAUCGUCAAUCUUAUCAAGGUUUUUUGGAAUUAAGUCUUCCUAAGUUUUCAUUUUUGUUUCAUACGUUUCCAUCUUAAGUUCUAGACGAACACGUUUUUCCAAAACCUUUUCUUCAAAGUGAUAUUUGGAACAUUGCAGUGAGGGUUCCAAAGAGGAUCCAAUCAAAAUAGCAAACAACCCAACGUAACAAAUACAAACACAAAUGAUAAAAACAACGGCCAUUGUAUAAACUUCUUUGUCUUAAAUCUUAAAAUGGUUUUGGAUAAAUAUUUAACAAAGUAUUUAUAUGUUUCGUCUAAUCAAAUUCUUGGCUGCCAUAAUAAUGAUAAUGUAAAACAUUAAUUAAAAUUCCAAAAUAGAUUGGAAAUGUCUCUUUUUACAUUUAAAUAAAUCAUUUAGUUUGAUACUCACUAUACACAUGCAUGUUAAUUUACAAUUUUCAUUAAGGGCUUUAAUCUGUGGAAUGUUAACAAGAAUACAUUUUAAGGUGUUCUUUGUCAUAAACUAUAUUCAUCAGAUAAUUUGGUGAUUAAUUUCAUACAUAAACAUGUCUAUUUUAAGAUAUGUAGUAAUUUUAGAUUCAAUUUGUUUAUUAAAACAUGAGUACAAUG